GAAUAACAUAUUGUCAUGUAUGGUAGUUGUCAAAAGUUUAUUCAGAAAUAAUCACUUUUAUUGUUUUUCGAAUUGUAUAGACAGGUUACUUGAUGCUUAGUCUUUUAAAAAAACACGCAGGAGGAUGUGGGAUAUGUGUGUCGCGUUUAUGUAAUGCUCACACGCUGGUACAUCAUGAUCACUGUUUGUUUUGAUAACACAACUUUGUAAUUAAUUAGUUUGCAUCUCUAAUUAAUCAAGCAGAUUAAAAUGGAAGGUGGCGAAUGGAGAAAUAGCAUUAUCAGCCAACUGAGGGCAAGGAAUAAGUACGAAACAUCUGCAUUUCAGGACAUAAUAUCCUUUCAGAGCCGUUUAUUUGACAAUGUGAAUACACUGAAAACUGAAAAUUUGCAGCUGACUUUAGUCAAUGAACGGAUAAGGUUUUCUGGGACUGACAGUGUUAUUUCAGGAGCAGGAGGUGGUACAAAUGAGAGAAUACAAGCAUUAGAACAGAAGAUUUUAAUACAGCAAGAAGAGCUAACUUCUUUACACCGACGGAGAGGAGAAAGUGCACAACAGAUAAUAAACCUGAAUGCUAAAGUCCAUGAUUUAGAGAAACAGCUUCAGAAUAAGGAUGUAACAAUUUCAGAAAACACGGCAGUAAUAGCGUCUCUGCGAGCAGAAAUCCAAAUGUACGAAACCAAUAUGAGUGAGCUGCAAGGCUUGAACCAGGUCCUAAGGGACGAACACCAAGCUUUACAAAUAGCCUUCGCUUCUAUAGAAGAGAAAUUAAGAAAAGCUCAGGAUGAAAAUCGGGCUUUAGUGGAGAGGCUAAUAAAAUACAAAGCAAAGGAUGCUGAUAAAAUGAACGAAGAAAAUGAACAUUUCCUCAAGUCAAGCCCUACCGCGUUUUUCAUCAACACGUUUGGUAGAGUUAGUUUCGGAAAAAAGAGCGACAAAGUGAGAAAGGAAUUGGAGGAGGCAGCUAGGGAGGGGAGCAGUAGAAGUAGUGGCGGCUCCGGAGGCAGUUCUGCUGAGGAUAAAAUUAUGGACUCCAUACCUUAUUACGCGACAACACUUCCUACGAAAGUUGCCUCCAGAUUUGACGCUCAUGAUGGAGAAGUGAAUGCGGUCAAAUGGAGUCCAACAGAUAGUAUGGUAGCAACGGGAGGUGCUGAUAGAAAAGUCAAAUUGUGGGACGUGUCCAAAGGUAUGGUGGAGAACAAAGGGACUCUGGUGGGGUCCAACGCGGGUGUGAUGUCUGUCGACUUCGACUCCACUGGAGCUUAUAUAGUGGGGGCUUCCAAUGACUUCGCCAGCCGGGUGUGGACUGUAGCCGACCAGCGACUCAGGCACACCUUGACUGGCCAUAGUGGGAAGGUGAUGGCAGCCAAGUUCCUUGGAGAACCUACCAAGGUGAUCACUGGAAGUCACGACCGCACACUCAAAAUAUGGGACCUCAGGAGUCGAAUGUGUACAGAGACAAAAUUCGCAGGGUCAUCGUGUAAUGACCUCGUGACGUCAGACGGCGCGGGGUCCACCAUAAUCUCUGGGCACUUCGACAAGCGCAUUCGGUUCUGGGAUAUCCGCACCGAAAUGUCUGCUAACCACAUCAUGCUUCAGGGCAAAGUCACUUCUUUGGACCUUAGUAGAGACAGCAACUUCCUCCUGGCGUGUGUGCGGGACGAUACAAUACAGCUAAUAGAUCUGCGAAUGAACACGAUAGUUCGCUCCUUCAGUCACGAGUCGUUCAAGGUGGGGUGCGACUGGUCGCGGGCGGCGUUCGGGCCCGCGGGCCGACUGCUAGCGGUGGGGGCGGCGGACGGCGCGGUAUUUGUAUGGAACACGCAUUCCGGCCGGCUGGAGACGACACUCAAAGAUCAUACGUCGGCGGUGACAGCGGUGUCAUGGCACCCGCAGUCGGGGCUGCUGGCGUCCGUGGACCGGGGCAAGCGCUCCAUCGUGUGGGGAGACUUGUGACAGGCGGGGCAGGUGCAUCUGCCGCUCGCGCCGACUACCGAACAGAUUGCCACACGACAAGAGACGGAGGAUGACAGCGAGGGCGGUGAGGUGUUCGACUUCCUGCGAGGUAUCACCACGGACUUACUCCACCGAUUCACGUAGUGAAGCGACAAUGGAACGCGCAAGGAGCGAAGAUACCGUUCUCAUAUGUUCGGAAAAUUGAUAGUGAUAUAUUUUGUCAAAGCAAAUUCUAUACAGAACUGUACCUUCUAACAAAAGUUAUUUGUGAAACGUUUUUGAGAGGUGCUUCGAAGCACGCUUGACGCUGAGACUUUUGAUAACAUAUAUACGGUUACAAAAACUGAAUUCUGGUUCACUGUAGAACCCUGACGCAAUGUUUAAACCUAAUUCUUCUGUUGCACUUUUAACAGUUUCCACUGUAUCUUUAAUAACCAAUUCGUUACCUAUAACGUUCAUCUUUACUAUGUCAGGGUUCUAGAGGAGCCUGAUUCAAAUUUCGCGACGUAUAGAGUCUAAAGUCGAACAAGACAGUUGACUUUUUUCCAAUAAAAAAUAUUGAAGCUUUGGUUUUUCUGUUUUUCGAGAUCUCAAAGUGUUCAAUUUGUAAUAUAUAUUUUUACAUCCCGAUGAUUUUCUAAAUAAUAAAAAUCAUAGAAAAAGGACCAGUCAACUAUCUUGUUUCUCAUAACAUAGAAUAGAUUUAAGAGGUCUUCCACUCGAUCAUAAUUAAAUUUCAUUCCUAACGACAAUCGUUUACUCUGUGAAAUUGUUUGAUUGUCUACCGCUUCUACAUAAUAGCGGGGGCUAUUAAAACGUUUUUUAAUCGCCUUAACUCGCUCAAAGGUUUAUAACAGUCGUAACGAUGGUCUCUUUGAUAACUUAACACAAUAGGCUUAUAUUGUGGAUGAUAUUAUGCGGAAAGUGCGCAAAUGUCGUGACUUGCAUGCAAUACAGUUUUAUUACAACUCCAUGCGGUAAUUGUUACGUCAAGUUAACCAUGUGAGCUUUACGAUAGUGCUAAUUAGACAUGUCUGAACCAGACUCGAGUGCGGUCUCGAAAUAAAAACAUGGGAAUCUGCAACCGCAACAAUAAGAUAAAAGCAAGUUAUAUCUUAGAACAUCGUAAUGUAGCUACUACCGGUGUGACCGAAGUUAACACUCAGCACCUACUAUAGUCUACGGCUAAAAUAAAUAAUAAAAUUGAGAUUCUUGAAAUAAUAAAAUUUUUAAUUCAAUGAACGUUUAUCACAAAUCUGAACCGACAGACCGUGACAGAUAGGAAUGAAUUUUAAAGACGUCGCACUCACAAUGUGUAAUAAUAAAUUAAUAGCUGUCAUUUGUUAUUGUCAGUGUGACAUCAUAUUUAUUUUACUUAUACAGUAGCGGCCACCUGCGCUUCCCGCAGCUAGCAACUCAUUAACAAACAAUGAUCGGGCAUCGUCGCGGGCGCACGCGGGGGCCGCGCUCGCAAUCAAUACACGCACUGGAGCGGGGAGCGCGCGCCGGUCACCACGGCCGCGGCCGCCGGCGACACAUCCAUAAUCCCGUGACGUCUGUUUUGACAACCGACCUCGACCACUUUUUUUACACACGUUUCUUACCACACUUUUUUACCCACCGGUCCGACGACCCCGCGCCAUUUAUAGAGCGGUAUUUUCACAUGUAAUUACACUUACAACCGGCCGCUUAAUUACCCGAAACUGCUGCGACGCCGAAACUCGGCAACCCUAUCAAAAAAACAUAAUCCGGCGCCGAUCUUAAAUUACGCUUCGUUAACCUUCGCCUCGGUUAAUUGCUCCGCACACCCACACCUAUUUUGCAUAGGUUUCAGAACAGCACGGCGCCACGUCUCUCUAUAUUUUUUCUUGCCAAAAAAAGUGUCAUACAUACUCUUUAUAGUAUUUUAUGCAACAGUUGUAUAAGAAGGGUCAAAAAAUGCGAGUGGCGUGAGUUGCGAUGUGAGCCUUGGCGAACAUCGCAAUAAGAGACGCCACGAGCAUUUUUUGACCUAGUUAUACAACGUUGCAUACAAUACUUUUUCUACGACGCCUUUCUUCUGGUGUAGAAUUCAAUAGUUCUUCAUCCAUUUUUCCUUUUUAUUUUAUACUUUUUAGUGUUUUGAAACGAAAAACAAAAAUUUUCCAAUUUAUUUUCCAACGCGCGGGAAAAUGGCGGCAAAUGUAUACUUUUUUUUUAUAGUAUAUCUAUGGCACCAAACAAAGUAAAGGUGCCAGUUUCCAGGUCAAAAAAAAAAACAACAACAAUGCUUUUUUGGCGACAUUAUAGUACAGUUACACUUUGUAAACAAUGCUUUUAUAAGCCAUAGAGCGUACACUUUUUCAAAGAGUUUAAUUAUGUAUGUACUUAUAUUAGACUUUUUGGUUAUUUAAAUGCCAGAUUAAAGUAGAGGAGUAGAAAAAAGAUAUUAAAUAAUUGCCAGUCUUACUCUAUCGAACUAACAUCUUUCACGUUAAAAAACUAGUCACUUUCCUUGACUUCUAUGCUCGACUUAUAUAUGUGAUAAAUUCUUGAUUUGACUAAUAUAUUAUUUGCAUUUAGCGGUUUAUAAUGUUUAUUAAAUAUGUUAAAUGUAAAUGAGCCUGUCCAUCGCACUAAUAUAGAUGUAUAAGACCACAUUCGAUGCCAAAAUAUUGGAAAUAUUUUUGAAUUUAUGCAUGAUAAGUUUAAGAGGUUCCAUUAGUUUGUGAUUUAUGUAUGAAACAGGUAUUUUUUCUUAUAGGAGUCACACACAACAUACUUUAAUUUGUGAUUAAAGUGCAGCGGUAUAUCUAAUAUUAAAACAUGGAUGACUCACCAAACUGUUUUUGGUAAAUAUUUCACAGUUUAAUAGACAGUUAAGUAUAAAAACUGUCUUUUAUUUUCAAACUACUCAUAUACACAUAUAUGUAUAUAAGUAACACUAAAUUUUUUGCUAAAGGUAUCGUACUGAUAACUCCGGCUUACAAAAGAAAGAAAUGUGCCUUUUAUUUAUCUUUAGUCACUAAUUGUAAGUACUUAGGUGCAUACAUUUUAUUUGCAAUGCGAUAAACAUAAUGUAGUGAGCCGUCAUAUUCCAACUUACUUUUUGUACUCGAACUAGAUAAAAUAGCGAUAUAUUAUUCUUGUUAGUCGUUUUGGCUAGUUGUAAGCGUAGAUUAAGAUAUUGUAGCUUUACAAAGACUGUUGUCGUUAUUUUAACUUUACAUCACUGGAACUGGGUUUAAGUUUAUCUGUUACAGCUUUGACAGUUGUUUGUGGGUUACAAACGACUUUCAUAACAGAUUAUGAAGUGUUCGACAGUAAUCUCCUGGGUUGCUCUAAGUAUGUGUGUAAAAAGCAUAAUCUAAUAUAAUCGUUUCGUAACUCUUCGUGUACGACUUUAGAAGUACAGUUAGGGCGGCUCCACACGGUCACGGCAGCUCCCGGGUGCGCAGACACCGCAGACACACGUCGUGUGUCGCCGACCUUAGUCACCGCUGUAACAAACGGCUUUGAGAUAUACUUUAAAAUACUUUAAUAUUUUUAUAUGAGAUGUAUUAUAAUUGUAUAGUACAACUUUACUAUUGUUUGUAAAUGUUACACUAGCGGGCCACGGCGUGUAAUUAAGAGUGUACCUACCCGCCUUUCGCCACUUUUAUUCUACGACUUGUAUAUUCAAUGGAAAUAAAUAAGUAUUAUUA